GUGAAUGGAGAACAGAGAAGGACUUGGGGCUACUGGUAGAUGAAAAGCCCAAAAAGCCAACCGGAUCCUAGGCUGCAGCAGAAGAAGCGUGGCCAACAAGUUGAGGGAGGUAAUGCUCCCCCUCUUUUCCGAUGAGAUCCCACCUGCAGCGCUGUGUCCAGGGGUCUUCAGGACAAGAAGGAUGUGGAUCUGUUGGAGUGGGAGGCCACGGAGAUGGUCGGAGGGCUGGGACACCUCUGCUAUGAGGAAAGGCUGAGACCUGAGCUUGGUCAGCCUGGAGAAGGCGCCUGGUGGCUCUUCAAUACUCAUGGGGACAGACUUUCUAGAUGGCUCAGGAGAUGUGACAGCACCCAGCGUGAGCACCAAUGCCAAGGAGAACCAUGCAGCAGCAGUGCAGUGAAGCUGAGCGUCGCAGGGUUUCGCUCGCUGGAAGCCGGACGGCAGCGAUGGAGGCCGUUCCAGCACGGCAACAGCAAUGAAGGGCCCUGUCCCCCUGACUCAGCUCGGCUCCGGCACCGGACCAUGAGCUCCCACCGCCCCCCGCGGCACGACGGCUCCGAUGCCGAGGGUUGCCCAGCGGCAUUUUGGGCGCAAAAUGGCAGUGUGCCAAUGGUGGGGGGUGAACCCCCUCGCCUGGCCACCACCACGCCAGCCGUGCCCAAAAUGGGGGUGCGUGCCCGCAUCGCUGACUGGCCCCCCAAGAGAGACGCUGUCAAGGACCCCCCUGUUGGCACCAGCCCGUGCCGGGAGGCAGCAGGCAGCCGGGAUGCCGCUUGCUGCCGGGGUUUUGCCAGCGGGCAGCAGCCCCUCACCAGUGUUUCGGGCUUUAAAGCCCUUCACCGCCUGGCACGGCGGCGAUCCAAGGACGUGGAAUUUCAGGAGGGGUGGCCCCGUUCCCCAGCAAGGGGCUUGGCACCACUGCGGCACCGGAGCAGCAGCGAGGUGACGCUGAGCGAGUGUGACCCAGAGGAGCCGGUGGAGCCACGGGGGACCAAACUGGGGGGGGCCACUGGACUUUUCCGCGAGUAUGGCAGCACAUCCUCCAUUGACGUGCAGGGCAUCUCGGAGCAAAGCUUCUUCGAUAUGCUCAAUGAAUUUCGGACCAAGAAGCCAGAUCGGCGAGCCGCAACGCCCGAGCGUCUUGGGGAAGCUGGUUUUCCUUUAGGAUCAUAUUCCGGGAUCAAGACGGAGGGUAGGAAUGGGCCCCGGGACGAGCCAUUGGUGCAGUCCAAGGAGAAACCCCGCAGGAGGUGUCCCAAAGGUGAUGCUGGAGGCGAAUCCAUCUUCAGGAAGCUCCGGAGCAGCCGAAACGAGGGGGAGCCGGGGAAGGAGCCAGAGGAGCUGCGGGCACCAGAGCCAGGCAAGGCUUGGGUGUGCCAGAAGAGUUUCGCCCACUACGACGUGCAGAGCAUGCUCUUCGACCUCAAUGCUGUGGCUGUCAAUCGUGCCGUGGUAGCCCAACGGCGAAACACCACCACAGGCGCCUCGGCCGCUUCGGCCACCACUGUUCGUGCCGGUGGGUUGGGAGGAUCGGAUCCAGCAUUCGCCAGCACCGAGGACCUUAACUGUAAAGAGAAUUUGGAGCACGAUGUGGGGGAUAACACCAGCAACGAGCUUCUCCUCAGCUGCCCCCAUUUCCGCAACGAGAUUGGCGGCAGCGGCGAGCGCAAUGUCAGCUUCUCCAAAGCCUCGGCGGGGUCCCCCGGGGUCCCCACGGUCGAGGGGGGCUUCCUGGAGCCUGCCCUCGAUGUACGCCCCACCAACGCUGGCGUCUCGGUGCUGGAGGUCCCCAAGGAGCUGCAGAGGAACCCCAAUCGGCUCAAGCACUACAGCGUCGAGCACGUGGACCUCGGUGCUCGCUAUUACCGGGAUCAUUUCCAUGGCAAAGAGCACUCUAACUACUUCGGGGUGGACGAGAAGCUGGGCCCGGUGGCUGUCAGCAUCAAACGGGAGAAGCUAGAAGACCACAAGGACCACGGCCCCCAGUACCAGUACAGGAUCAUCUUCCGGACCAGUGAGCUGGUCACCCUGCGUGGUUCCAUCCUGGAGGAUGCCACCCCUACUGCCACCAAGCACGGGACAGUCCGGGGACUCCCACUGAAGGAUGCCCUGGAAUACGUCAUCCCAGAGCUCAACAUCCACUGCUUGCGCCUCGCCAUCAACACGCCCAAGGUCACCGAGCAGCUCCUCAAACUGGACGAGCAAGGGCUCUGCCGGAGGCACAAGGUGGGCAUCCUCUACUGCAAAGCCGGGCAAAGCUCGGAGGAGGAGAUGUACAACAACGAGGAUGCAGGACCCCCCUUCGAGGAGUUCCUCUCCCUCCUUGGGGAGAAGGUUUGCCUGAAAGCCUUCAGCAAGUACGCGGCCCAGCUGGACACCAAAACCGACUCCACCGGCACCCACUCCCUCUACACCACCUACCAGGACUACGAAAUCAUGUUCCACGUCUCCACUAUGCUCCCCUACACCCCCAACAACCGGCAGCAGCUGCUGAGGAAGAGGCACAUAGGGAAUGACAUCGUCACCAUCAUCUUCCAAGAACCCGGAGCUUUACCUUUCACCCCCCAAAAUAUCCGUUCCCACUUCCAGCACGUCUUUAUCAUCGUCCGAGCCCACAACCCCUGCACUGACAACGUCUGUUAUAGCGUGGCUGUCACCAGGUCCAAAGACGUCCCACCCUUCGGACCCCCCAUCCCCAACGGCAUCACUUUCCGCAAAUCUGACGUCUUCCGAGAUUUCUUGCUGGCCAAGGUGAUCAACGCGGAGAAUGCCGCUCACAAAUCGGACAAAUUUCACACUAUGGCUACUCGAACCCGGCAGGAAUACCUGAAGGAUCUGGCUGAAAACUGCGUCACCAACACUCCUAUUGAUUCCGCUGGGAAGUUCAACCUCAUCUCACUGGCUUCCAAGAAGAAGGAAAAGACGAAAGCCCGAGCCGGGGCCGAGCAGCACAGCGCAGGGGCCAUUGCCUGGCGCGUUUCUGCUCAGGAUUUUGCCCAGGGAGCAGAGAUCGCUUGCGCCUUGGGUAUUUCCAAUGAAUUCGUGGUCUUGCUUGACCUCAGCGCGAAGGAGGUGGUCUUCAACUGUUUCUGCGGGGACGUCAUCGGCUGGACCGCCGACACUUCCACUGUCAAGAUCUUCUAUGGCCGAGGAGAUCACAUCUUCAUCCGGGCGGCCGAGGGUGGCCCCGAGGACAUCAAGGAGAUUGUGCAGAGGCUGAAGGUGAUGACAGACGGCUGCGAGACAGUGGACAUGACCUUGAGGAGGAACGGGCUGGGCCAGUUGGGCUUCCACGUGAAGUAUGAUGGGACGGUGGCCGAGGUGGAGGAUUACGGCUUUGCCUGGCAGGCUGGUUUGCGGCAGGGCAGCCGGUUGGUGGAGAUUUGUAAGGUGGCGGUAGUAACCCUCACCCACGACCAAAUGAUCGACCUCUUGCGGACCUCUGUCACGGUUAAGGUCGUCAUCAUCCCACCCCACGAGGAUGGAGCCCCUCGCAGGGGCUGGGCUGAGUCCUUGGAGAUAAGCAACGCGGAACCGAAGGGAGAGACUGAGAAUCUGCCGUCUGGCUACCGCCCGCCGUACCGGAGCAACGCCGGCUGGCAAUGGAGUGGGCCGGCCUCACACAACACGGCUCCGGCUAGUAAAUGGGCUGAGCCACUGGCCCUCGGCCAUGGGCAAGCGAUCAGCCGGUCAGCCAAGCAGCCCACUGUGUCCUACCGGGAGCAGCAGCCCCUGCACAGCAAGAGGCCAGUCAGCUUUCCCGAAACCCCCCAUCCCACCUCCUCCUCGCCGGCAGGAACAGAGAGGGCGCAGCCGUACCGGCAGCCCUCAGGCAGCUUCUCCGCACCAGGCAGCGCCGGGACAGCCUACGCUCGCUAUAAACCCUCUCCAGAGAGGUAUGUUGCCUCGCAGCGGCCACCAUUGCCAUUUGAGCCACACACCGGCCACGACGGCCCCUCCAGCGGUGACUCCUCAUCCGGGGGGCUCAGUAGCCACGAGAGCACCAUGGAACGGCACAAACCGGAGCCGUUGUGGCACGUGCCGGCACAGUCCAGGUUGCCGGGAAGCGGCGGGAGCAAACGAUCCGGCAGGCAGGAACCGACAGGCAAGGAUUCUCCCAACCGGCACUCCAAGGGUGACACGCAGUACUCGAGCCACUCCAGCAGCAACACGCUCUCCAGCAAUGCCUCCAGCAACCACAGCGACGACCGUUGGUUCGACGUUCCUGAUCCCAUCGAAACCGAACCGGAUCCCCUCUCCAAAGGCGGUUCCAGCGACAGCGGCAUCGAUACCGCACUCUACGCCUGCAGCCCUGCCGGCAGUGGCAGUGGAGGGGCUGGUCCCAAACCCCCCCGCCCAGCAUCGCAGAGGGACAAGGUUCCCAAAACCCCUUUGGCAUCCUAUGCCGGUUUGCAGGAUGAUGGUGUCCAUCCCGGUGACAAGAAGAGGGAACCAUCCCCAACUGUCAGUACCGGCAGCCAGGGUAAAAGCUAUCGGCAUAAAGCAGGGACCCCCGGAGCCUCGGGGACCCCUGGCAGCAGCCCCGAUCCUUUCAAGCAGCCCAGCAGCUCAAACCCACGGCUGGGCUACCCUGGCUACAAAACCCCCUUGGCCGAAACCCCCCGGCCCCCCCACGCCUCCCAGCUUUCUGCUUCGGUUCCCAAAUCCUUCUUCUCCAAGCAGACAGUCAGGAACAAACAUGCCACAGGCUGGAAACGUGCCAGUGACGCACCGGAUCCCAAAAAGCAGGUGGACGCCAACACCAAGAACGUUUUUGGGCAGCCGCGACUGCGAGCGUCGCUGCGGGAUCUACGUUCCCCCCGUAAGAGCUACAAAUCCACCAUCGAGGAUGACCUCAAGAAACUCAUCAUCAUGGACAGUGCCGCACCGGAACCGGAGAGAGCUGGGUCCCCACAGAAAGGGCUCCAGCGGACACUGUCGGAUGAGAGCCUGUGCGGCGGGCGGCGGGACGUCGGUUACGCCGCCGGCGCGACAGCAGCAGCAUCCUUAGACACCGAUGUCCUCUUCACCAGCGCCUAUCCCUCCAGCACCUUGCCUAGCCGCCGGCAACACCCCCCCACUGUCAACGGCAGCCUCCCUGAGAAGAAAUCUGCCAUCUCCGCCUCUGAGCUGUCCCUGGCCGAAACACGGGACAAGCCCCCCCUUCGCCGGAUCGAUCCCGGGAUGAUGCCUUUGCCGGAUACGGCAACCGGGCUGGAGUGGUCCAGCCUGGUGAAUGCCGCCAAAGCCUAUGAAGUGCAGAGAGCCGUCUCCCUCUUCUCCCUCACCGACUCGGCGCUGAGCCCCGACCCCCCUGUGCCCCCUGAGAGGCAGCUGACGCCACGGGGGGGGCCCCCCCUCAGCCAGCCCCCGCCCCUGGACCUGCCAGGGAAGGUCUCCCAGUUAGAAGCCAUGUUGAAACAGCUCCACAGUGACCUGCAGAAGGAGAAGCAGGACAAGGUGGUGCUGCAGGCGGAGGUGGCCAACCUGCGGCAGAACAACCGGCGGCUGCAGGAGGAAUCGCACUCGGCUGCCCGGCAGCUCCGACGUUUUGCCCGGAUCUUCUCCGGCGCAGUCGAGAAAGAAGAGCUGUGAGCGAGG